UGCAAAAGAAAAGAUCCCACGCGCCUGAAAAUGAAUGACAUCUCGUCUUCUCCAGCUUCUCCCAUGGAAGAGAACAACGUCGGGAGCGACUCCGACACGAAUCCGGAGGAAGAUUCGCCGGACUAUUACCAGCCGAUCUCCGCCGUCGAUGCAGACAGCGAUGAUGAACCCGAAGACCAUUCCCAUCCCGUCGACGGAGAUGACCUCCGUCACGACCGCCUCUCCAACGGCCACUGCAAUCUCCGGCAAGCAGAGCAUCGGAUCUCUUCCAUUGGUCUGAACGGAGGAUCGGAGCAGAAGAGCGAUAGCGAAGAAGAAGAAGAGGAGGAGAUGCCGGAAAUGGCGAUAGGAAGGGCGUUUGGGGAGGACGAGCGGCAGAGGAGGUCGCCGUUGACGGCGGAGAACGCAACUAGGGUUAUGGACGCAAUGCGUGGGAUCUCGUUCCCUGGAACAGCUCCUGAUUGGGUAUCUGAGGUUCCAGAGGAUCGAUGGAUCGAUCAUCUCCGCAGAUUGAGAUCCAGCAUUCAGAAUUGAAGGAGUGAGAUCUGAAACCUUUCCACAAAGGUCCCCUCCAUCGGUUAGUUGUUGAGGAGUGGUCGUUUUCCAGUGAUAUGAACUUUAAGAAAAAGGAGUCGUCUCCAAUUAUUCAAUACAAAACUUGAAUCUCUUGCAAACUCUUGAGUUGACCCUCAGAGAUUCUUGCGUAAACUCUUCAAUGACAUUUAUAGUUCAAUAGAA